AUGACGGAUCUGAAUAUCACGGACGCCGAUAUAGGCGACAAGCUCCGAGGGAAGACGGCCGUAGUCACGGGUGGCUCGUCGGGGAUCGGACUCAGCAUUGUCCAGAAGCUCGCGACGUCGGGAGUGAAGGUCCUGGUCGGGGACGUCCAGCCGUUGCGGGAGACUGUCGAGGGCGUGCAGUACAUGCCGACGGACACGAGCCGGUGGGAGGACCUCCUCAGUCUCUUCAAGCGCGCGGUCGCGGACUGGGGACGCAUCGACAUCGUGAUCCCCAACGCCGGCAUCGGCGACAAGGGCGACUUCUUCGACAAGGUUGACGACCAAGGGGAUCCGAUCAAGCCGGCCUUCGACUGCCUACGCGUCACGCUGAUUGGGCAGAUGUACACGGUUAAGUUGGCUAUGCACUACAUGCGCCGACAGGUGCCGCAGGGCGGGGUGAUUGUGUCGACGGUGUCUCGCGCAGGCUACGUGGCCGAGAGCAUCCCGGUCUACGGGGCGGCGAAGCACGGCAUGGUCGGGUUGAUGCGCGCGCUGCGACCGCUGACGGGGACGUGGAACAUCCGGAUCAACAGCAUCGCGCCCGGGAUCACCGACACGCCGGCCCUGCGCACGCUGCCGGACCUGGUGCCCAAGCUGUGGAGCAGCGGCGUCGUGCCCAUGAACACCAGCGCCGAGUGUGCCCUGGCGGCGGCAUUUCUGUGCGCCGACGAAAGCUACAACGGCUGCACCAUCUUCAUCAACGGCGGCAAGUACCGCGAGGUCGAGAGCGGCUAUCAACGCCACCUGAAGGACAUCAUGGGCGAUGAUCCGCGCUUGAGCAUGACGCCGGAAGAGAAGAAGAUUCUAGAGGACAUCUUUACGCCGAGUAGCAAAUACUAA